AUGAAUAACGUACUAAGAAAUUACAAGAACCCUAGCAUUAUUCGGAGGAUAAAAAAUAUUAGCGUACGAUCAUUCUCGCUAGAGAAAAAUUACGAUGUUGUGGUUGUCGGUGGUGGGCAUGCUGGAAGCGAGGCCUGCGCCGCAGCUUCUAGAAUGGGGGCCCAAACUCUGCUUAUUACCCAUAAAAAGGAAACCGUCGGAGAAAUGUCUUGUAAUCCUUCUUUCGGAGGUAUCGGUAAAGGCCACUUAAUGAGAGAAGUAGACGCUCUAGAUGGCGUGUGUGGAAGAAUUUGUGACAAAUCAGGUAUACACUAUAAGGUGCUGAAUAGAAGAAAAGGGCCUGCCGUUUGGGGAUACCGUGCUCAAAUCGACAGAGCUUUGUACAAACAACACAUGCAAAAUGAACUGUUUAGAAACACUCCCAAUUUAGAUAUCCUCGAAGCAGCAGUAGAAGAUUUAAUUGUAGAUAAAUCGUUUACUAAUGACCACAAUCAAAAUUGUAUAGAAUGCAGAGGUGUAAUUUUAAAAAAUGGCGUUAAAAUAAAAUCUCGUUGUGUCGUUAUAACAACUGGUACAUUUUUAAACGGACACAUAAAUUUGGGAUUAAACAUCUACCCUGCUGGUCGCAUUGGGGACGAACCGUCGAUAGGUCUAGCGAAAACUUUAGAACAGCUAAAAUUGAGAAUGGGGCGAUUAAAAACGGGCACACCUCCCAGAUUAAAAGCCGACACUAUUAACUACAGCGUCUGUGAACCACAGAAAGCAGAUGAUUCUCCUUUACCGUUUUCCUUCAUGAACGAAUCUGUUUGGAUCAAGCCUGAGGAUCAGCUCGAAUGUUUCUUAACUAACACGUCCUUAGCUCUAGAGAAAAUUGUAACGGAUAACCUGCAUGUAAACAGGCACGUUAUGGAGGAAAUAAGAGGCCCGAGGUACUGCCCGAGCAUCGAAUCUAAAGUAUUGAAAUUUUCGGGAAGGAGACACCAAGUAUGGUUAGAACCCGAAGGUCUCACUAGCGAUAUUAUUUACCCAAACGGCUUAUCUUGCACGUUACCUGAAGAACUACAAUGGGAUCUUAUAAGAAGCAUACCGGGUUUAGAAAAAGCUGUAAUUGUUAGACCAGGUUAUGGUGUCGAAUACGACUUUGUAGAUCCUCGAGAAUUAAUGCAAACGUUGGAAGUUAAAAGAAUCGAGGGUUUGUUUUUAGCAGGUCAAAUUAACGGUACGACGGGUUACGAAGAAGCCGCCGCUCAAGGUAUAUUAGCCGGUAUUAACGCUGGUGCAAAGUCGUUAGGUAAGAGUCCACUCACCAUAGGCAGAACGGAGGGUUACAUAGGAGUAAUGGUAGACGAUUUGACUACUCUAGGUACUACAGAACCUUAUAGAAUGUUUACCAGUCGCGCUGAGUUUAGAUUAACCCUUCGUCCUGAUAAUGCAGAUCAAAGAUUAACAACGAAAGGCUAUAAAGUUGGUUGCGUCAGCAAACAAAGAUACGAUAAAACUGUUAAAAUCCAACAAGAACUCAAAGACGGCAUAGAGUUAUUAAAAUCUAUUACUAAAACAUCGCAUCAAUGGAGGACAUCGUUAGGUUUUCCUCCCAGUAAAAGUCAUGCGCGAAAGAGCGCUUUCAGUAUGAUAGAUGUAGCCAAUGAAGUUAUUACGAUUAGUAUGCUGGCGAAAAUAGUCCCGGAGCUUGCUCCGCUUACAUACAAUCCUUCGCUGGAAAACAGGCUGCAUAUAGAAGCUACAUACGAAGCAGCUGCGGAGGAUCAAGCUGAAGAGGUUCGAGAAGUGCAGCGAAACGAGUCGCUCGUUAUACCGAUGAAUAUGGAUUACAAUUCCGAUUUUCUGAAUCUCAGUUUCGAAGACAGGGAGAAAUUGUUGACUGUCCAACCGCAAACGAUUGCUGCGGCUAGUAGAAUACCGGGCGUGACGCCUUCAUCCUUAUUUAGAUUACUAAGGUAUGUUAAACAAGAAAUGCGCAACUAA